CUUUUAAAGAACCAUUGUUAAUUUUUAAUAAGUUUAAGUUUUUAAUACUCUGCUGGAUAUUUGAAAUAUCUUUAUAAUAUUGUGCUGAAUAAUCAGCUUGCAUUACUCGGAUAAUACUGAGGUUUCAAGUAGUGUAAGCCAAAAUGCAUAUUUCCUUUCUCCUGGAGAAGGCUCCUGUUCCUUUUGACAACAUCGAGCCUCCUUUUGACAUCAAAAUGGCAAGCAAUAAUUCUAGGAAUCGGCCCAGUAUUAAAAGAAUUUUUUUGAAUAGAAAUUUGGAAAUCAGGACAAAAGUGUGGAUAUACUUUGUGAUUUGUGCACCGUACCAAGUCAGUGUCGUCAUGACAUUCUCAAUUUAUUUGAUCUCAAACCUGUCUUGGAUGCAAGAAGGAAGAGACGUUUCUAAUAUAAGCUGCCCUCUUAUAGGCUGUGGCAUAGCUUACCCUGUUGGAUGACAAUUGGAAGCAAAAACGAAAAUUUUGAUUAUGAAAUUGCAAUAAUG